AUGAGCGGACCCCGCCCCCGUGACGUAGCCGGGAGAGGCCGGGCUCGAGACCACCGAAGUUCCGACGGGGCGGAUUUCUGCGCCGCUGCAGCUGGUGGCGCGUUGGAGGCGGUACCGCGGGGGCAGCGGGGCCCGAUGCAAGGCCGGGGGGAGCCGGGCGGCAGCGGCGGCCCAGAGGCGAUGGCAGUUGAUGCAAAAGUAUUCUGGAGGCAGUUGGAAGGCACCAAAGUGGACUUGAUAUUUGAACAUGUGCAGAAAGUAUUGCUAUCUCUGAAGCAGAAGAUCAAGGAUGGAACUGCAACAAAUGAAGAAUAUUACCAAGCUUUGGCACUUGUGGAUCAAGUGGAAAUGACUGACCGCUUACCUCUGACAAAUGUAAAUGUUGCUAAGGAAGAUAUACAGAUAUGCAAACCUGGUUUACAUCCUUCUGCCUCAAGUGAAAUUAAAGAAAAUCCUGGAGAUAACUUUUCUUUAAGAAUGGAGAUAAAGAAGGGGAUGCGUUCAAGGAGUGAAGAAGAACUUACAGAAAUGUCUUCAAAGUUUCCAUAUCACCAUCAUGUGUGCUCUAAAGAAUGUCUUGCCAAAAUGCCAUGGAAUUCAUACAAGGGUGAAAACCCUCUUAAUCUGCCAAUGCUUUGUCACUUCCAGAGAUGGAAUGCAAAAAAAGAUUCUGCGUCAAAGUCACAUGAUGUGAUAUACAAAGCUCCCUGUGGAAGGAGUCUCAGAAAUUUCCAAGAUGUUCAGAAUUAUUUGUUUCAAACAGAAUGCAGCUUCUUAUUUUUAGAUCACUUUUCUUUCAACACCUAUGUGCAGGUAUUUAGAAAUAGUCCUAGUCAUCAACCGCUUGUCUUUGAUUUUGAUAUCAGCAAAGGGGCAGAGACUAUGCCAAUUUCUUUCUGUAAUGAGAUAGACUAUGAUCAACUGCCUUACUUUAAAUAUCGGAAAACCUCUUGGCCCCAUGGCUAUUUCUUGAACAAUUUCUCCAACGCAUUUCUUGAGUCAUGCAGCUGCACAGAUGGCUGCACUGAUAGGACAAAAUGUGCAUGCUUGAUGCUUACUGAAAGAAGCUGCUGUGAAGAAGCUUCUGUGUCACCAAGAAAAGAAACUCCUAACGGCUAUAGUCACAAAAGGCUGGAUGGACCUAUUCCCAGUGGAAUUUAUGAGUGCAGCUUGUUGUGCAGCUGUGACAAGAUUAAGUGCCAGAACAGAUUAGUGCAGCAUGGCCUUCAAGUUCGGCUCCAAGUCUUCAACACAGAAAAGAAAGGCUGGGGAGUCCGUUGCCUUGAUGACAUUGACAAAGGAACAUUUGUUUGCACAUAUGCAGGCAGACUGAUGAGCAGAAAUGAAUCACUGCAAGCUAAAGAUAGUGACGGUGAUGAGGUUGAGGAGGAAAAUACAGAGAAUAGUGACAGAAGCAACGCCUUAUUUUCAAGAAAGAGAAAACUGGACAUAGUCUGUUCUGAUUCAAAUACUGAACUUAUGCAAACCAGUGGGAGAAUUCAGAACUACAACUAUAACAGGAGUUGGAAUAACCAAGCUAUCACACGACAAAAAACUAGAACAUAUAUUCUUCAAAGUCGUCGGAAACAACUAGGAAUCAGUGAUGCCAGCUCAGAUGAGGAUGAAAGUUCUGUGUGUGAGAAAUCGGGAAGAAGAAUAACUACUGCAACCAAGAAAGGAGACGAAAAAUCAAGCCUACAAGGAAAGCUCGGGGAACUAGUGAACAUUGUACUAUCUGAAGCUGAUCCUCUUUCAAAUGCCACUUUGAGCAACAAGACACCUGUGCAAGAUGACAGAUGGAUUAAAAAACCAUGCAAGGAACUACUCUGGACUGAUGACACUCACAAGAAAAAAACUGGGAGAGGCAGGCAAGAACCUGCUCAUACUGAAGUAGCAAUAGAAGACGAGAAUCCUUGUUUGUUCGAUGCCACUAGAGAAGGCAACGUGGGCAGGUUUCUUAACCACAGCUGCUCUCCUAAUCUCUUUGUGCAAAGUGUAUUUGUAGAGACUCACAACAGAAAUUUCCCCUGGGUGUCAUUCUUCACAAACAGGCAUGUAAAAGCUGGAACUGAACUUACAUGGGAUUAUGGCUAUGAAGCUGGAAGUAUGCCUGAGGCAGAGACGACCUGUCUGUGUGGGACUCCUAAGUGCAGGGAAAAAAUACUAUAGGUUUUUUUUUAAAAAAAUCUGUUAAACUGGAUUAAGGUAUAGAAAGGGGGCAAUUCACAUGACCAGGAUUAAAAGGUGGUAAAAGCAGCUACAGAAUAGCCUGCCAAGGUGACAGGAAAAUCCCCAAGAGCCGUCAGAAAACCUUCUGGGGCAGACUAUCUUAAUCAGACCCCCACCCCUGUAGAGGCUUAGAGUCCCAGAAAAUCCAAACCUCACCAGAUCUGUCCAUAAUAGCUGAAGUAUGAAAAGUUCCUCUUCCCCAGAUCACCAUCACCCCAGCCUACACAGAAAAUCAGAUCCAAAGUGUGCCCU